AUGAGCCACCUGCGGGCGGCCGCCGCCGGGUGGGUGGAAGGCGGCAGGGACUUGGGGGCCCAGCAACAGCUGGAGCAGACUCUCCUAGGGCAGGAGCAUCCUGGCUGCGGUUUCCCCCCAGCUUGGCUGGGCAUGUGCUGCCCGGCACGCGUCCCCGCAGCCGCCGCUGCCUCCGCCAGAUACCUGCUGCCCGGAGCAGCCGAGGAGGAGGAGGAGGAGCCGCUGGAGGCGGGGGGAGCCGAGCAGCACCUGGGCGGCUGCAGCAGCAGGAGCAGCCCCCCGGGGAAACUCUGCAAGUUGCCAGGGGGCGUCCCGUCGGUGGAGGGGGUGUCGGGCUGCGGCAGGCAGCGCGCCCCGUCCGGGGGGCUCCGGCAGCAGGUGAGCGGCGUGCAGAAGCAGCGGCGGCUGGCGGCCAACGCCCGGGAGCGGCGGCGGAUGCACGGGCUGAACCACGCCUUCGACCAGCUGCGCAAUGUCAUCCCCUCCUUCAACAACGACAAGAAGCUGUCCAAGUACGAGACCCUGCAGAUGGCGCAGAUCUACAUUAGCGCACUGGCCGAGCUGCUGCACAGCCCGGCCGCACCCGCCGACACCCCGGGCAAGGGCGAGCACCGCUCCCCGCCCCACGAGUCAACCGGAGCAGAGGCCGGAGCUGCCGGGCAAGGACAGGGGCAGCAGCAGAGACCCUCGCCCUCCGGCCACUGCAGGACUCGCUUCCCCCAGCAGCCGGCUGCGGGGGGCUACUCGGUGCCGCUGGACCCUCUGCACUUCUCCUUCCAGGAGAACGCCCUGAUGGCACAGAAAGUCCCAUCUCCGGCCCUCCUGGGGCAGCCGCAGGAGAGGAGCAAACCAUCGCCCAGGUCCCACAGGAGCGAUGGGGAGUUCUCGCCCCGUUCCCACUACAGUGACUCUGAUGAGGCCAGCUAG